CUCUCUAAUAGGCGUCGAGUCCAACGACUCCAGCGACGUAGUCUAAAGUUCCGGCGAGGAUGGCAUUGCUCUCACCUCUCGCGACAGAGAUCGUGAUCCCAGUUUGCGCCCUCGUCGGGAUCGCAUACUCCUACUACCUGGUGCGGUGGUUCCUCAAGUGGCGCAAUGGCGACGAACUCGACCAGGAAGAGCAGGGCCCAACAUGGGUUCAGGAGCGGUGUGCUCAGAUAAAGCAGGAGCUCUCGGAAGGUGUGAAAGCUUUUCUGUUCACGGAGUGCCGGUAUGGUGGGGUUUUCAUGGUUGCUUUUGCGAUUCUAAUCUUCCUCUGCCUUGGCUCUAUUGAGGGCUUCAGCACCCAAAGCCAGCCUUGCAGGCUUGAUCCUUCAAACAUGUGCAAGCCUUUACUUGCCACUGCCGUUUUCAGUGCUGUUUCAUUCCUACUUGGUGCUUUCACAUCAAUCCUCUCUGGUUUCCUUGGCAUGCAAAUUGCUAUCUAUGCUAAUGCUAGGACUGCCUUGGAAGAGAGGAAGGGUGUUGGAAAAGUUUUGUUUCCUGCUUUCAGGUCUGGUGCAGUGAUGGGAUUUCUUAUUGCUGCUAGUGGUCUUCUCGUGCUCUAUAUUGCAAUCAAUCUAUUCAAGCUGUACUAUGGCCAUGACUGGGAAGGCCUUUUUGAGGCUAUUGCCGGUUAUGGUCUUGGUGCAUCUUCCAUGGCUCUUUUUGGAAGAGGCACUGCUGGAAUUUAUGCCAAGGCUGCUGAUGUUUCAGCAGAGGUAAAAGCAGAUCAAAAUCACACAAUAGAAAGUCCAAGGGACGCUGCCGUGAUUUGUUGUCAUGUUGGUGAUAUUGUCGGGGAUUUUUCUUUUACGGGGACUGAUCUUUUUGGCUCUUAUGCCGAAUCAUCCUGUGCUGCCCUUGUUGUUGCUUCCUUCUCUUCUUUCGGAAACGAUCACAACUUCACUGCUAUGUGUUAUCCCCUGCUUAUCAGCUCUAUGGGUAUUCUUGUUUGUUUGAUGACAACUCUCUUUACGGCCAGCUUCUCAAAAAUCAAGGACGUGAAGGAAAUCAAGCCUACAUUGAGGAAGCAACUUAUUAUAUCCACAAUUCUAAUGACUUUUGGAAUUGUUAUUGUUAGCUGGAUUGCUCUGCCCUCAUCAUUUACAGUUUACAACUUUGGGUCGCAGAAAGUUGUGAAGAACUGGCAGCUAUGCUUCUGUGUUGGCGUUGGUCUUUGGGCUGGGCUAAUCAUUGAAUUUAUCACUAAAUUAUGCACCAACGAUGGCAUCAGCCGUUUCCAGGAGUUUGCCGCCGAAAGGGUUGGUUUUGGCCUUGCCUUUGUCAAUAUCCCAAUUUUUGCUUUCCUUAGCAUAUUGUUGAGUUAUAGAAUUGCUUCCGUGUAUGGAAUUGCUAUGGCUGCCGUUGGGAUGCUAAGUACCAUUGCCACCCAAUUAGCCAUCAAUGCUUACAGUCCCAUCAGCGACAAUGCUAAGAUAAUUGGCGGGCUAGGCCCUAGGGAUGUGCUGUCGUCAAGCAAUACUAGAGCUACCAUUGGAAAGGGAUUCGCCAUUGAAUCAACUUCCCUAGUGUCUAUGGCUCUGUUUGGUGCAUUUGUGAGUCGUGCAGCAAUUUCUCCUGUUGAUGUCCUGACACCAAAAGUUUUCAUGGGUUCGAUCGUGGGCGCCAUGCUUCCUAAAUGGUUCUCUUCUAUGACCAUGAAAAGAGUGGGACCUGCAGCUUUGGAGAUGGCUAACAGGAUUCCUCGGGAGUCUGACCAUUACCGUAGAUGCUUCAAAAUUCCAAUUGAUGUAUCUUUCAGGGGGAUGAUUCGACCUGUUGCCCUUGUCAUGCUUACACCACUUGUCGUCGGGACCUUCUUAGGAGUAGAGAUGCUGUCUGGUGUUUUGGCUGGCUCUCUUGGUUCUAUUGUUCGGAUUGCAAUUUGGGCAUCCAACACUGGUGGCGCAUGGGAGGAAGCGAAGAAGUACAUUAGGGCUGGUGUUUCUGAGUACGCAAAGACCAAGUACGCACAGACCCAUUACCCUAAACCAAUUCGCAGGGCCGUUGAUAAGGGAGAUACCAUUGGCGAUCCAUUGAAGGACACUUCAGGCCCACCACUAAACAUCCUGAUCCAGCUAAUGGUAGUCGAGUCGCUCAUGUUUGCUCCCUUCUUUACUACUCACGGUGGUCUGCUCUUCAAGAUUAUCUGA